AUGGCCUCAAACGUUGCAAAGUGGGGCCUGCAGCAAGAGCACGCCACGAUUCCAGCAUCACGGAAUGACCGUCAACAGAGUUCAGAAAUCGUUGAGAUUGAGGAAGGUGUCUCGUUUAUUAUCAGAGUUCAAAUAUGGAGAGCGACACCUUCUCACACUCGACCAUACCGAAAUCAAUGGCAACGCUACGGUCGGAUUGCGGUGCAGAAUCACAUACAUAGGCUCAAUAUGGAUAACGUGACUGAGAAGUGCUUCUCAAAUCUGUCGCACGUAAGAUCGAAUCAUCCUGAGGCGAUUACUGGUCAAUGCCGAUUCAUUCAUUGGGUCCAAUAUGCUUGUUUCAUUCAUAAUGGGUGGCGGCUGAGAGAACUGAGCUGGUUCACUCAUGAUGAGGAGCUCUCUGCCCCGCUCACCACUAUACUUACUGCUCUGCACUGGCAAGUUUUACCCGCACAGGCCAUAUUCGUUGUUGUAGCCAGCACGACCACUGCACCGGCCGCCGAUAAGAUCUUUCUUCACAUGUCGUCGAACAUAUCUUUGCGCUUGCCUCCUGCUCAUUAUGGUGCCGCACACGCACAAUCUACGAAGGGAGACCUCUGA